GUAACCCUCCCGCUACAGGUACAGGAACUUUACACAUCACCUUGGAGGAUGUCAAUGACAACGUCCCAUCCCUUUAUCCAACACUGGCAAAAGUUUGUGAUGAUGCAAAAGAUCUCAGGGUAGUGGUACUAGGAGCAUCAGACAAAGACCUUCAUCCCAACACAGAUCCAUUCAAAUUUGAACUGAGUAAGCAAUCUGGCCCAGAAAAACUGUGGAGAAUCAACAAGAUUAACAAUACUCAUGCCCAGGUCAUCCUGCUUCAAAACCUGAAAAAGGCCAAUUACAACAUCCCAAUCUCAGUGACAGAUUCUGGAAAACCACCUCUGACUAACAACACAGAACUGAAACUGCAAGUGUGCUCCUGCAAGAAGUCCAAAAUGGACUGCAGUGCAACUGAUGCCCUUCAUAUCAGCAUGACCCUGAUCCUUCUUUCACUCUUCAGUUUAUUUUGUCUGUAAGAACUCCUGACAUUUGAAGCUGUCCUACCGAGUUGCCAUGGCAACGAGAAAAAAGAAAACGUCAGAUCUGAAGAUUGCAGUUUACAGUUACUGUUCUUCACUACUAGGCCUCAGUUGCUCCAGAGUCAGUUUAAUUUGCAACCUCACUUAAUCUGUCUGACUAUACAUUGGUGUUUGACAGCCUCUGCCCUAACUUCUGUUUAUUAAUGGAUUCCUCUUGCAAGACGCAAGGUUUCUGCGAAUUUUCUCUGAAUGUUAAAAGACCAUGACAUCUAAACUGGACGUUGGGGGAGCAGAAAA